ACUUUAUUAUUGUAAACUAUGUAAAUGUUACCUUAGUUUUAUAUAUGUCUCAGAAUCAUACGUCAACCAUUAAGAACCUUGAUUCUGCUGACACUGACAAUUGUCGAAACGCAACGAAGAAUAACAAUAAAGAUGGACAGAUCGAGUUGAACAUUCGAGCAAGAAACAACUUCAGCCUUCCGUUAUUAUCUUCAAUAAUUUUAUCACCUUUUACAACUCAGAAGUGGGAUAUUCAAAAUGCCUACCAAAGAGCAAAUGCUGAGUGAAAUUCAGUCUACCGGAACGCGUGUACCAUCGGCAACCACAAUAGAGCAAAUCCGGAUGUUAUACGACAAAAUUUCGCAACAAUGUGAGCCAAAAGAUCUUGAGGACAGAACAAUAGCCGGAUCGUCCAAGAUGGCCGCCUUAGCUUCCAAUGAAGCCCCUAUUGUUCCCGUUAAGAUAGAUGAUACAACCGCUGCCCUUGCUGGUGCGACAGAAGAAAACAACAUUCCUGAAAUUUGCCACAACCGAUGCUGCUGCUCGUGCAACCAUUGACCGAGAAAUGAUACGUUCGCACAAAGUGAACCCCAACUCUGCUUUGGAGGAGCGCAUACGCCAGUUGGAACUAGAAAAAAACCUACUUUUACUCCAGAAAGAAAUGGCUGAGCUGAAGGCAACGACCGCUGGCGGAACGAGUGCCGACGUAAAUGCACUCGCUCCAGCGCGUGACGUUUUCGAGUGCGUUGCAGGCAUGGUUGCGCCGUCUUCUGGCGACAAAUCAGAAAGUAUCACUCCUUGGUUUGAGGAACUCGAAAAGGCAACAGGCAUACUUCAACUUCACGACAUAUCGAUGUUAAUUGUUACACGCCGGCUUUUAGUUGGAACUGCGGCUAUAUUCGCGAAAACCGUGCAUGCGAGUAGCUAUGUUGAACUCAAAGUAAAGCUAACCGCAGCUUUCGGAAAAGGCCCUUCAUUGGAAUGUGUCUACGCUGAAUUGCGACGCCGGCGCCUUCUACCCACUGAAACAACUUUUCGAUAUGUAUUGGAAAUGGAAAAGAUAGCUAAAAAGGGAGCUGUACCCAAAGAAGAACUUAUUACUAUCAUCAUCGACAAAAUGGGAGAUGCAAGCAACACGAGUGGUAUGCGUUACGCAGCCAACACACUGGAAGAUCUGAAGAAGUUGUUGGGGAAAUACGAACAACUGCGUAUGCUAAAAGCACCACCGUCAACUCGUGCUUCACCACGACAACCCGUCGGCAGUCUAGAAGCUUCAGAAACUCGAUGCUUUAAUUGUUCGGCUUUUGGGCAUUAUCGUGAUAAGUGCCCGAAACCGCCUCGUACACCAGGAGCCUGUUUUCACUGUCAUCAGAGGAAUCACACUUACAAAGACUGCCCAGAAAGGAACAACACUUCAACAGCAGCAGUUUUUACAACCGAUAGAGACUCCGUAGUUACACUGCAAGAAACACAAGAGGAAGUCCAACAUGCUUCAUUGAUGAAUCACUGGUCCCAAAAUCCUGUCUAAAUGCUAUCAAAACAUCAAAUUUUCGUGGUUUAGGAAAUAAUCAACUUAAAACACGUGGCCAUUUGAAGUGUCGAAUUAAAUUCAAUGAUCAAACUAAAGAACACACACUUCACAUGCUCAGUGCAGGAAGCAUGGUUUGGCCAUUAAUUAUCGGACGUGACUUACUUAUGAAAUUUAAUAUCCGUCUCACACAAAUCAAAUUUAAAUACAACAAA